ACGUUAGUUUAUAAGUGAAAAUACCGAUACUACGCGAUACGGAUUCAGAAAUCAAAACGUAUACAGUACAGUUAAUAAAUUUUUUGUUAUUACAAUUUUGAAACUUUUUUCUUACGAUUACUAAUACGUUCGCGUUUUCUGUUUUGAUUAUUUGGCUUUAUUACCUUGGUACACCAGUCGCUAUUCGAUUUUUGUGCUGACUGACGACGUUUUCUCCUGAACAAUCGGCAGAAUAAUGCCAAAAUGUGUAAUUCUCGGCCUUCUGUGAACCUGUCAACGUUAGUUUUUGAAUGUUUUCUUAGUUUCUAAUCGUUGCUUUUAACUGUUAAGUGCUCGUAAGCGCAUUCGGGACGCUUUCUCAAUUCUGACCACUAUGUGUCGAUAAAAGAACUUUAAAGAAUAUCCAGCUGGUGAAUUACGAUUUCUGGAGAAUGUCGAUUAAUUCCUUUCCUACCCCUCCUGCUGUGUAUUAUAAUCAGUACACCGAUGAGAAUAUCAGUCGUGGUGCGGUGCCCGGACCUCCGCCUUUACCUCCACGGGGAGAAGUGUUUCAUGCAUUCGGUUCGCCGCAGUGGAAUGAUGAUCAUAUUGUGAGGCCGCUGGAGACGUUGGGCAUUAAACGACUCUAUCCUCAACAUUUCGAUCGGAAGAAAGAACUGAAAAAAGUUCUCCAUUCCGCACUGGCGAUGUUUCUCGAUCUCAUUGAUACUGUGGUCAAAUGUCCGCGUUCUACAAAGCGCAACGAAAAAUUAGAAGAUCUCACCUUACUCUUCAUCCACAUGCAACAUCUCCUUAAUGAAUACAGAGUGCACCAGGCUAGAGAAAUCGGACGCACAAUGAUGGAGGUGCAAAGGCGGCAUACAAACGAAGUAACGGAUCGUUUGGGAAAACACGUGGAAAUGAUUGCCGAAAAAGUGGCUGGAUUUUCGGGAACUAGCACAACUGAUCAAGCUCAGAAACUUUUAGCCGCUAAUCUCAAGUGGGAAAUAGCUAGUCAACAGGCCAGGCUUGCGGAAUUGAAAAAUGACCAUGAAAACUCAGAAGAAAUGCAAGAAUGCGUAACCGAAUCCGAUGAAGCUUUGUUCGACUUCGUAUGGAAAAACCAAUAACCAACAAGAACUUUAAAAGUACUGUAAUGCUUCAUUUUGUUCAUGGUUUCGGAAUGUUUUGCGGUUAACUGUUAAGUGCUCGUAAGUUUGUAAAUAGUUUAGUUAAACCUUUAGAGUUAUUACUUAUAGAGUUAUUGUAUUAUAUACGCCAGCAAUGUUCUUCCCACAUUUGUAUUAUUGGUUUCGCAUGGUUUCCCGCAAUGAUGUGCAUGCUUUUCGAUUGUAAAAUUUUUAAAUGGUUUUACCGGUUUGUCGUUGUCUCGUUUCGUUUCCAUGUUUCGUUUAUAUCUGUAGUUUUUAAUUCUUCAGAAAAUAUUAUUUUGGUUUUCCGAUAGAAAAUGCAAACAUCUUUGUCAUCUGUCAGCACGGGGUGAUGAUAUUUGGCAGCUUCCGAAUCCAGAUUAAAGAAAUUAUA